CCGAGCUCCCAGGCCCGACGCGCGGUGGCCUGACGGUCUCGAGGAUUACAUUUGCCAGACCCGGCCUGGCUUGACCCUGCCCGGGCGCGCCAUGUUCUCUCGUGGGUCCCGGAGGCGCCGCUCGGGACGUGCGCCUCCAGAGGCAGAGGACCCAGACCGGGGCCAGCCCUGCAACUCCUGCAGGGAGCAGUGCCCCGGCUUUCUGCUGCACGGCUGGAGAAAGAUCUGCCAGCAUUGCAAAUGCCCACGGGAGGAGCACGCAGUGCACUCAGUGCCUGUGGACCUGGAACGAAUCAUGUGUCGGCUAAUCUCGGACUUCCAGCGCCAUUCCAUCUCCGACGAUGACUCAGGCUGUGCAUCGGAGGAGUAUGCCUGGGUGCCCCCAGGCCUUAAGCCGGAGCAGGUGUAUCAAUUUUUCAGCUGCCUCCCAGAGGACAAGGUCCCCUACGUCAACAGUCCUGGGGAGAAAUACAGGAUCAAGCAGCUGCUGCACCAGCUGCCCCCACACGACAGUGAGGCACAGUACUGUACCGCAUUGGAAGAGGAGGAGAAGAAAGAGCUCAGAGCCUUCAGCCAGCAGCGGAAGCGGGAGAAUCUGGGGCGUGGCAUUGUGCGCAUCUUCCCGGUGACUAUCACUGGGGCCAUCUGUGAGGAGUGCGGGAAGCAGAUUGGAGGUGGGGACAUCGCAGUGUUUGCCAGCCGUGCGGGCCUGGGUGCCUGCUGGCACCCACAGUGCUUUUUGUGCACCACGUGCCGGGAGCUUCUGGUUGACCUCAUCUACUUCUACCAUGCUGGAAAGGUCUAUUGCGGGCGUCACCAUGCCGAAUGCCUGCGUCCACGCUGCCAAGCCUGUGAUGAGAUGGCCUGUGCCCUCCAGAUCAUCUUUUCCCCUGAGUGCACGGAAGCUGAGGGCCGCCACUGGCAUAUGGAUCACUUCUGCUGCUUCGAGUGUGAAGCUUCGCUAGGAGGGCAGCGCUAUGUAAUGCGUCAGAGCCGCCCCCACUGUUGCACCUGCUAUGAGGCCCGCCAUGCGGAGUACUGUGAUGGCUGUGGGGAGCACAUUGGCCUGGACCAAGGCCAGAUGGCUUACGAGGGCCAGCACUGGCAUGCCUCAGAGCGCUGCUUCUGCUGUAGUCGCUGCGGGCGGGCCCUACUGGGCCGUCCAUUCCUGCCACGCCGAGGCCUAAUCUUCUGCUCGCGAGCCUGCAGCCUUGGGUCCGAGCCCACCACUCCAGGGCCAGGCCGCCGCAGCUGGAGUGCCGGCACUGUCACAGCCCCACUUGCAGCCUCCACCGCCUCUUUCUCUGCUGCAGAGGGGGUGUUGGAGACCACCACCAAAGGCACCUGCACGGCGUCAGAGCCAGCUGCAGGUCCGGAGGAGCCCUCCCACUUUCUGAGAGGGGCCCCCCACCGCCACUCCAUGCCGGAGCUGGGGCUCCGCAGUGCCCCCGAGCUGCCCCCAGAGUCCCCCGGCCAGCCUAACCCGCGUCCCGAUGAUAGUGCCUUCGGUCGCCAGAGCACCCCACGUGUCAGCUUCCGCGACCCUCUGGUGUCUGAAGGAGGUCCGCGCCGGACACUGAGUGCACCCCCGGCCCAGCGCCGCAGGCCACGCAGUCCCCCACCCAGGGCCCCCAGCCGUCGCCGCCACCGUCACAAUCACCGUCACCAUCACCACCGAAACCCAAGCAGACGUCGCCACUAUCAGUGUGACGCGGGAUCAGGGUCAGAUUCGGAAUCUUGCUCCAGCUCGCCCUCCAGUUCCAGUUCCGAAUCCUCAGAGGAUGAUGGCUUCUUCCUAGGAGAGCGCAUCCCUCUGCCCCCACAUUUGUGCAGGCCCACUCCUGCUCAGGACACUGCAACGGAGACCUUCAUCUCCCCAUCUUCAUUGCUCCCCAGGGACUCUCGUCCGAGACAGGCCCGAGACAAGAACUGUAUCUUGGCUUGAAGGCAGUACGUCCAGCAGGGGGCUCCAUUCUCCAGUCAGAGUAGACCAUGAGGCCCAUACCCCCCACCCCCACACCACACCCUCACAACCUAAGUCAUAAAUCCUCUUCCUCCCUCCUUU